AUGAAAACACAAUGGAAAAUUCCAGUUUUCUUCUUUGUAUGCAGUUUCCUGGGAUCUUGGGCAUCUGCUGCUGUCAAGCGUCACCCAAGGUUCCCUGUUAAUUCAAAUUCUAAUGGUGGAAAUGAACUCUGUCCAAAGGUCAGGAUUGGCCAAGAUGAUUUACCAGGCUUUGACUUGAUUUCUCAGUUCCAGGUAGAUAAAGCAGCAUCUAGAAGAGCUAUUCAGAGGAUAGUGGGAUCAACUGCAUUACAAGUGGCUUAUAAAUUGGGAAAUAAUAUAGACUUCAGGAUUCCAACAAGGCAUUUAUAUCCCAGUGGUCUGCCUGAAGAAUACUCCUUUUUAACUACUUUUCGGAUGACUGGAAGCACACUUGAAAAGAACUGGAGCAUUUGGCAGAUUCAGGAUUCCUCAGGGAAGGAGCAAGUUGGCGUGAAGAUUAAUGGCCAAACAAAAUCUGUUGCAUUUUCAUACAAGGGACUGGAUGGAAGUCUCCAAACUGCAACCUUUUCAAAUCUGCCUUCCUUGUUUGAUUCCCAGUGGCAUAAGAUCAUGAUCGGUGUAGAAAGGAGUAGUGCUACUCUUUUUGUUGAUUGCAACAGGAUUCAAUCCUUACCUAUAAAGCCAAGAGGCCAAAUCGACAUUGAUGGCUUCGCUGUGCUGGGAAAACUUGCAGAUAAUCCUCAAGUUUCUGUUCCGUUUGAACUUCAGUGGAUGCUGAUCCAUUGUGACCCACUACGUCCCAGGAGAGAAACUUGCCAUGAGCUGCCAGUCCGAGUAACUCCCAGCGAGACCACCGACCAGAGAGGUCCCCCGGGCCAGCAGGGUCCCCCCGGGCCCCCGGGUCCCCCUGGAGUUCCAGGCAUCGAUGGCAUCGACGGUGACCGAGGUCCAAAGGGUCCCCCGGGCCCCCCGGGUCCUCCUGGAGAACCCGGCAAGCCAGGAGCUCCCGGCAGGCCAGGCACGCCCGGUGCAGACGGAUUAACAGGACCUGAUGGAUCCCCUGGUUCUGUUGGACCAAGAGGACAAAAAGGAGAACCUGGUGUUCCUGGAUCUCGUGGAUUUCCAGGCCGUGGUAUUCCUGGGCCCCCUGGUCCUCCUGGGGCAGCAGGACUCCCUGGAGAGCUUGGCCGUGUUGGACCAGUUGGUGACCCUGGGAGAAGAGGACCGCCUGGGCCCCCUGGCCCUCCAGGACCCAGUGGAACAAUUGGCUUUCAUGAAGGAGAUCCCUUGUGUCCCAAUUCCUGUCCACCAGGUCGCUCAGGAUAUCCAGGCUUACCAGGCAUGAGGGGUCAUAAAGGGGCUAAAGGAGAAAUUGGUGAACCUGGAAGACAAGGUCACAAGGGUGAAGAAGGGGACCAAGGGGAACAAGGAGAAGUUGGAGCUCAGGGACCUCCAGGAGCCCAGGGAUUAAGAGGCAUCACUGGCAUAGUUGGGGCCAAAGGAGAAAAAGGUGCUCGGGGCUUAGAUGGAGAACCUGGGCCUCAAGGUCUUCCUGGUGCACCUGGUGACCAAGGACAGAGAGGACCUCCAGGAGAAAUAGGUCCCAAGGGAGAUAGAGGGCCUCAAGGUUCUAGAGGAAUUCCUGGCCUCCCUGGAACCAAAGGAGACAUGGGCUUGCCAGGUGUGGAUGGCCGUGACGGGAUACCUGGAAUGCCUGGGACAAAGGGUGAACCCGGGAAGCCUGGGCCUCCUGGUGAUGCAGGAUUGCAGGGCUUACCUGGUGUACCUGGGAUUCCUGGUGCAAAGGGUGUUGCUGGUGAAAAGGGUAACACAGGUGCUCCUGGGAAGACUGGUCAGUUGGGGAAUUCAGGCAAACCGGGCCAACAAGGGCCUCCAGGAGAGGUGGGACCCCGAGGACCCAGAGGGCUUCCUGGCAGUAGAGGAGAAAUAGGACCGGAGGGACCCACAGGGCCACCCGGUAAACGGGGUUCUCCUGGAAGUCCUGGCCUCCCUGGCUUGCCUGGCCCCCCUGGCCUUCCGGGAAUGAAAGGCGACAGGGGAGUAGUCGGUGAGCCUGGUCCAAAGGGUGUACAGGGUUCGUCUGGUGAAGAAGGUGAAGCAGGAGAAAGGGGUGAACUUGGAGAGAUAGGCUUACCUGGGCCAAAGGGAUCUGUGGGUAACCCUGGGGAGCCCGGCUUGAGGGGGCCCGAAGGAAGUCGGGGGCUUCCUGGAGUAGAAGGACCGAGAGGACCGCCUGGACCACGAGGCAUGCAGGGAGAGCAGGGUGCCACCGGCCUGCCUGGCAUCCAGGGCCCCCCAGGUAGAGCACCGACAGAUCAGCACAUUAAGCAGGUUUGCAUGAGAGUCAUGCAAGAGCAUCUUGCUGAGAUGGCUGCUAGUCUCAGGCGACCGGACUCAGGAGCCUCUGGCCUCCCUGGGAGGCCUGGACCCCCUGGUCCCCCAGGGCCACCUGGAGAGAAUGGUUUCCCAGGCCAGAUGGGACUUCGUGGCCUUCCAGGCAUUAAAGGCCCUCCUGGUGCUCUUGGUUUGAGGGGGCCUAAAGGUGACUUGGGAGAAAGAGGGGAACGUGGCCCUCCAGGAAGAGGUCCGAAGGGCUUGCCUGGAGCAACAGGUCUCCCAGGUGAACCAGGUCCUGCCAGCUACGGGAGGAACGGCCGGGAUGGCGAGCGAGGGCCCCCAGGGGUGGCAGGAAUUCCCGGGGUACCUGGCCCCCCGGGCCCUCCUGGCCCUCCUGGGUUUUGCGAGCCAGCUUCCUGCACCCUGCAGGCUGGGCAACGGGCAUUUAGCAAAGGGCCCGAUCCGUGAAAAGCUUAGUGCUGCGUGGCCAUCUGCAUAAACCGUGCCUGGCAAAGGAGCGUGGAGGAGAAACCCCACCGAAGCCGAGGCAGGAGACGACAAUGCAUUACCUUCAACGUUAUUACCUAAGUCUUAUUUGACGGAUUUAAAACAAUGGUGCUAUUCAACAAGUCCUCUUUCUUUGCCUUUGGAGAGUAGACAGGAGAGUCAUCAGAUUAAAAAAAAAAAAAAAAAACACAAAACACAAAACAACCACAAACCCCCCCAAACCCUCUCUUUAAAUAAAUUUCUAAUCCUCUUCCCGGGGCGUUGAACUGAAUUCAGCGCGCUGUGCGUAUGGGACACAUCGUGGGCCAAGGUGCCAAUAAAGAAGGACAGCUGGUUUGGUUUUCCUUAGCUGGAGUAGUUCUUUUCCUCUUUUAUUUAGAUGUUCUCAGAUUAAUGUUUGGGUUAUACAGAGGAUUAUCAGACCUGCUGGAACCUCCUUAGAACGCCCAGCAGCCUGUGCUCCCAGGUGCCGCCCGCCACGGUUCUCGGCCGCCAGGUGCCGGUUUUGUAGUGCCUGGAUUUUUGUUGAACUGUACUGUCUCCCAAGCCCAUUAAAGUUUUGAGCUCUUCUAUGUGAAGCAAAGAAGGAAUUUUAACAUCCUGCCAUUCAUCGGUUUUAACGAGGUUAUUUAUUUUCAAGGUUUGAGGUAAAAUCCCUGGUUGUACCAAAGAAGAAAUAAACAUGAUU